AAUCGGAUCAGGUUUGUUUAUUUCGUUUUUUCAUUUUGUUCUGAGCAAUUUUUGGGUGGAAGGCUUGGCUAUAUAAACGUUGAGCUUCGCCUUCAACAGCAUCAAACCACAAAUAGCAAGUGUUUCAGUAACAUCAAAGCAAAAUUCAAAAAAACUCAACAAAAUGUUCAAGCUCUUGGUUGUCUUCUUCGCUGCCCUCUUUGCCGUUGCCCUGGCCAAUCCAGCUCCGGUUCCAGUUCCCCGUGCCGCUCCCGCACCCCUUCCCGUGGCCAGUCCUAACCCAGCUCCACAGCUCUAUUACGGUGCCAGUCCCUAUGCCUAUUCCGGCUACUAUGCUUCCCCCUACUCCUACUAUGGUUAAGUGCUGUCCGAUGGCUUACCAAUGGAUAACUGACGGCAACUGCUAAAACCCGUAAAUGGACUUGUGUGUUAAUGGACUUUGGAAUAUGCGCGCGCUGGCAAUUUUAAUUAAGUGUUUUUAGUUAUAAAUGCUCAAUAAAAUGCAAAAAAA